AUGGACGUCCCACUGAACGAGAGACCUCCAACGGGAAACGGGCUUCGUCAACGAACGACCCUAGGCUCCAAUGGAGGUGUAUUUGUACAACCUUCACAACGACAAAAUAAUAAUAACAAUACGACGGUUAUGGGAGGAUCGGUCAAUCCAAUGGCUCAGAGUAACCUUAGUGCAAAUAAUGCAAACAACACAACAUACAACAUGAGCCAACAAAAUUUACUCACUCAACAAGUCGGAAUUAUAGGAUCACUACUGAAUCAGUUCGGAACUGGGCUAUGUGGGAUGAUUACUGCUGUCGGUGGAUGCUUUAAUGGAUGUGCAGGAUCGUUUUUUAGUGGAUUUAAUGGAAUGUCAACAAACUUAUCUGGCUAUAUUCCCAAUUUAACCAUGAUGCAAUUUCGAUUAUUUAAUUUAUUCUCACCAACAUACAACUCAAAUGCCAGUAAUCCAUUCGAAAAAUAUAAUGAUUUGCUCAUCAUGAAAAGCAACUCUUCAACGGUGCAAUAUUACUCGAGGGAUUCAAUGGAUAACUUGAAAAUUAAGGUUACUAUUCGAAGGACGAAUAUGGUGAUUGGAAAAAAGACAUUGAAAGAGAGAAAAGAACAAAACGCUGGAUCACUUGAGUCCAAUCUCGAAGAGGACGACGAAGAUACUGAAUAUAAAAACUAUGUGACAGUAUUUCAGUGGCAACAAAAAGUAUUCAGCCCUAGAGAAAUUAUGGUUUAUAAUGAAAUGAAAACGCCAAACACUACUUUGGAUGGUUUUUAUAAACGAGAAGUGGAUUCCUUAAUUGAAAAGUUGGGGAAAGAGAAAUUAUCCAUCGAUUUAUUGCCAUACAUACAGGAUGAUUUAGAAAUUGAACAAAUGAUGGAAAUGUUUGAUUACAAACGUGAUAAAUCUUCCACAAACCAUGAUCAACAAAGUUCCACUCAGGAACAACAAAAUGAACAGAAAGUGAAACCUCCAAAAAAGAAAUUUGGUUCUGAAGGAAUCUCAGAUUUGUUGCAGCACAAAUUGUUCACAUAUACCGAUAUUGACGAUUUUUAUACCAAUCAAAUCCAUUCAUCUAUCCCUUGUGCUUCCAAUGAACCGUACCCAAUUUCAAAAAAGAGAGUUUCCACUCCGCAACAAUCCAAAGCUCAAACCAUGUACAUAAUGGCCAGUGUUGGUUCAAUGGACAAGGGUAUUUGGAAAGGAAAGGAAUAUCCAAUUUGUAUCAUACAAGCUCUUCCAGAUGGUAGUUUUCUCAUGAAACCAGGAUUUUCACAAAAGCCUCAGGAUGUUGAGAAAGAGGAACCUAUGAGCGAGUUUCUGAAACGAUAUCAAAGUGAAAUUGGAGACAUUGAUUUUCUUAAUAACAGAAAUAAGGAAAAUAGAUAUAUUUUCAGGACUGAAGAUGGAGCUGUUUAUGAAUAUACCAUUUCUCUUUAUAACGAUUACAAGAAAGACAACAAAGUUGAUGAGACCAGAAAACGGAUUUUGAAGCAAUUACAUGAAAAAUCAUUGCAAAUGAAACGUAAUUUGGUAGGAAUGGAAUUUAAUGACACACCUAAAAUUACUAUUUCAGGUUGUCAAUUUCAGGAACCAUUCUUUCAGGAAGAGAUUUUGAAGCAGAUCGAAAACCCCAUGUCUCAAAAACUGGUGGCUUCAACUCAAAUGGGUACAGCCACUGAGAUUUGGAACGAAUUUGACAAUUAUUUUGAAGCACAUUUCGCAUUUACAUUUCACUUUGAUUGUCUGUGCGACAAGAUUUCUCCAACCCCUAAACUAUUCUUCCAAGUGACGUCCAAAGAUUCAUGGGACCGAUUCAGGAUGGAAGGUUAUGGUUUUGUCUCAAUACCAUCCACUCCCGGUUAUCAUCAAUUAACAGUUCAGACAUGGAAACCUGCAGGUUCCAUUCGCAACAAUUUGCGAAGUAGAUUUGUUGGAGGUUCUACUGAACUCAGAGAUCUUUCUUACGCUGCCAUACCGAAUGGAUUCGAUCAACAUUUCCUCAAUAAGUUUGGAUUUUGCACAGAGACCAGUGGUUCCAUCUCGCUAAGUCUCAAUAUUGUUCUUCAUGGUCAUGAUGAGCAGUAA